GAACCCAAUGCAGCCUGUAGCCCAUUCAAAGGCCUACUGUUGGACCUCUGCUUAUUUUGCAAUACGUCUUUAGUACGGACUGAAAAAUGUCCGAUUUCGAUGAGUUUGAGAAGCAGUUAAGCGAAAAUCGGCAAGCUGCCGCAGGAUCCCCGAAAACUGACCGCUUUGAGCGGGAGAAGGAGCGACACAAGAAGCGUAGCCGCAGCCGGUCUCUGAGCCGUGGCGAGAAGCACCGCCGCUGGAGCAAGGACUCCAGGGGGCGGAGUCACGAGAAGCGCAGCAGCAGCCGCGACCGCAAGGGUCGUGACCGACGGAGCAGCUCACGCGAGCACAAGAAGCACAGCUACUCUCCUCGGAGAAGCCGUAAGAAAAGGACAUACAAGUACUGGGAUGUUCCCCCUCCGGGAUUCGAGCACAUCACCCCCAUGCAGUACAAGGCAAUGCAAGCUGCAGGGCAGAUCCCCACGAUAGCUUUACUGGCAACAUCCACCACCAGCGGCGUGGCAGUGACGCCCACCCAGGUGCCGAUGGUCGGCAGCCAGAUGACCCGGCAGGCCAGGCGGCUUUAUGUCGGCAACAUCCCCUUCGGCCUGACGGAGGAGGCCAUGGCGGAUUUCUUCAAUACCCAGAUGCGAUUGGCUGGCUUAUGUCAAGGUCCCACCAAUCCCGUCCUCGCUGUUCAGAUAAACCAGGACAAGAACUUUGCCUUCCUUGAAUUUCGGUCCAUGGAUGAGACCACGCAGGCAAUGGCCUUCGACGGCAUCAUUUUCCAGGGUCAGUCGUUAAAAAUCAGGCGGCCCCACGACUAUCGCCCCCUGCCUGGCAUCUCAGAGCAGCCCGCCUUCCACGUACCAGGGGUCGUCUCCACCGUGGUUCCAGACUCGCCACACAAGCUCUUUGUCGGAGGCCUGCCCAACUAUCUCAGUGACGAUCAGGUGAAGGAACUCUUGACGUCGUUCGGACCUCUUAAGGCCUUCAACCUUGUGAAGGACAGUGCCACGUCACUGUCUAAGGGUUAUGCUUUCUGUGAAUACGUGGACAUCAGUGCCACUGACCAGGCCGUGGCUGGACUCAAUGGCAUGCAGCUCGGAGACAAGAAGCUCAUCGUCCAGCGGGCAAGCGUGGGGGCUAAGAAUGCCAACGCUACGGCCAUCAUCGAGACGCCGGUGACGCUGCAGGUUCCAGGGCUGCAGCGGCUGCAGAGCUCCGGCAUGCCCACGGAGGUGCUGUGCCUCCUCAACAUGGUCAUGCCCGAGGAGCUGGUGGACGACGAGGACUACGAGGAGAUCCUGGAGGACAUCCGGGAGGAGUGUUGCAAGUACGGCAACGUGCGCUCCAUCGAGAUUCCGCGGCCCGUCGAUGGCGUGGAGGUGCCUGGCUGUGGCAAGGUGGGACCCGUACUCUCCUGUACCAGUGGCAAAAAGAAGACCUCUGUAGGCACUAAACACAGGCUCAUGGGAGCAUUUCUUGCACAAAAGUGUUUUGAAAACGGAAUAAUUUUUUGUGUAAGAAAAACAAUCUGAUUGGUUCAGAUAGACAGACAAUCUGAUUGGUUCAGAUAGACGACGGACAAUCUGAUUGGUUCAGAUAGACGACGGACAAUCUGAUUGGUUCAGAUAGACGACGGACAAUCUGAUUGGUUCAGAUAGACGACGGACAAUCUGAUUGGUUCAGAUAGACGACGGACAAUCUGAUUGGUUCAGAUAGACGACGGACAAUCUGAUUGGUUCAGAUAGACGACGGACAAUCUGAUUGGUUCAGAUAGACGACGGACAAUCUGAUUGGUUCAGAUAGACGACGGACAAUCUGAUUGGUUCAGAUAGACGACGGACAAUCUGAUUGGUUCAGAUAGACGACGGACAAUCUGAUUGGUUCAGAUAGACGACGGACAAUCUGAUUGGUUCAGAUAGACGACGGACAAUCUGAUUGGUUCAGAUAGACGACGGACAAUCUGAUUGGUUCAGAUAGACGACGGACAAUCUGAUUGGUUCAGAUAGACGACGGACAAUCUGAUUGGUUCAGAUA